GGAAUACUGUAGUGUGUUGGUUGAUGUUGUAAUCAUGGCGUGAGCAAUGAAAGACCAAAACUUAGAAUUUUUCUACUCUCUCCUGCAAACCCAAAAGACCACCAUGCAGAUGGAUAUUGAGCUUCUCUACGCACAGGUCAUUGCAGAAGCCAAAAUCUAUGCACAGAUGAGCAGAGAUGAAAAAGGAGGAGGAGGAGGAGGAAAUGAGGAUUUUCGGCGGCUGGGGCGAUCAAGAUCAACGUAUAUAACCAGUCAUUGCUUUUCACCUCCGAAGAUGAGGAGAUCAUGGAAGAAUUAUCUUCUUUCUUGGAGAUUGAACAAAAGCAAAAGAAGCGCUGAUAAUUCAAAUUCUAAUUCUAAUUUCAAGCAGCGACACUCCAAAGUUUCCCAUUCAGCACCUUUGACCACUACCAAUCUGCAAAAAGAAGAUUCAAAUGAGAUUUUCAUUAGCAGUAGUGGGUUUAGUUGGUGGAGAAAGCGGGGAGGAUCAUAUGUUGCAGGUGUUCGAAGUCCACUUUCACCAAUGACUAAGACUAAGGUUGGGUGUGGUGGGGGUUUUCAGUUGGAUUCUGAUUUUCCCUACGCUCGUCUUAGCACACACUCCACCUCUAGAUUUCAUCGUGAAAUAGAGCCUCCAUUGCAGUUGGUUGUUGAGGACUGGUAAAUUUACUCAUCUAGUUUAGGAAUCCAAAUCAACAAGUUUAGUAAGAUUUAGGGAUGGAAAACAUUUUCCUUGUAAUUUCCUUAAUUUAUAGAGUGGUAUUGUUGUACACAUCUACAAAGACAAUUGUGAAUAAACCUAUUUAUUAUGUUAAGUUGUUCUCUCUGAAUUUAGAGAAUUCAAUUUCAAUGUACCAUUUUCCUCCUUG